AUGACAGAGCUAAGUAGACAUCCGAGAGUGAUGAAAAAAGUCCAAGAAGAGGUUCGAGCAACACUCGGACCCAACAAAGAGAGAAUCACAGAAGAGGAUCUAGAGAAAGUUGAGUACUUGAAGCUGGUGAUCGAGGAAACAUUCAGAUUACACCCACCAGCUCCUCUUUUGCUCCCAAGGCUAACAAUGUCCGACAUCAAGAUUCAAGGAUAUAACAUUCCAAAGAACACCAUGAUCCAAAUCAACACUUACACCAUAGGACGUGAUCCCAAUAAUUGGACAAACCCUGAAGAGUUCAUCCCCGAGAGGUUUGUCGAUAACCCUAUCGACUAUAAGGGUCAACAUUUUGAGUUAUUACCGUUUGGAGCCGGACGUAGGAUCUGUCCUGGGAUGGCUACGGGGAUCACCAUCGUUGAGCUUUGCCUUCUUAGCUUUCUUUACUUCUUCGAUUGGAGUUUGCCCGAGGGAAUGACCAUUAAAGACGUUGACAUGGAAGAAACUGGAGCUUUCGUCAUCGCCAAGAAAGUUCCUCUAGAGCUCGUACCAACUCUUCAUCGCUGGUGA